UUCCUUGUUUCCAUUCUGUCGUGGCAGGCCUUGAUGCUUGGGUUGCUUUCCCAAAAUGCGAACUUAUGUAGAAGGAUCUUUCAAACCAUCAUGGGCAGUUCUGGGUCAUAUUGUGUGUAUGUGUCUGGGGAAGAAGAAGGUUGGGGACAAAAAUGAUGCAGUCUAAUAAAUCAGAAGUUUCCACCAAUCACAAUAAUUUUUAGGCAAUACUAAGACAGUAAUCAUGAACACCAAAGAUUUUGUGGUUCUUCCAUGGGGAAAAGCUGGAAAUUCUGUAAAGCUAAAAUAUAAAAAUGCUCAAGAACUGAGAAUGGAGAAAGUGCAGUUAGAGUUGGAGAACCAAGAGAUGGAAAAGAAACUACAAGAAUUCCAAGCGACAAGGAGCAAAGAAAAGGAAGAAAGAGGGUCAAGUGGAUGUCGCUGGAAAUCUGCACAAGUGGGCAGAUUGGGUAAUCAAUCAUGCAUGAUGUCACAAAAUAAAGGAAAUGUUAUUAAGCUUUCUGCUGGAAAAGUGAACUUAAAAUUACUGAAGGAGCAGCUUCAAGAGCCAGUGAAACAACCAUCUAAUUAUAAAAUGGCAAAUUCUUCUGAACAUGAAAAACCCAAGAUAAAAGGGAAGGUUUGUGGGCAGUGUGAGAACAAAGCCGCUCUGCUAGUAUGCCUUGAAUGUGGAGAAGAUUAUUGUUCAGGAUGCUUUGCUAAAAUUCAUCAAAAGGGGGCACUGAAACUCCAUAGAACAACUCUUUUGCAGGCAAAAUCUCAAGUAUUAUCCAAUCUAUUGGAUGUUGCCCAUCAGUUUAUAAAGAAAGUUAAUCCGGAUGAACCCAAAGGGGAGAAUCAUUCUACAAAAGGGAUUAGUGAAAGUCAGCAUAAAACCAAAUCUCUUCUUCUUCAGGGGAGCAGCUCUGAGGUAGAACUUUCAACAACAAAAGAAGAAUGUGCAAAUACAGGAGAUAGGCUCUUGUGUGAAGGGCCAUUUGUUGAACAAGCUCCUGCCCAGUCCUUUCAAGAAGUUCUAAAGCAAUGGAGAACUGGGCAUCAUGAUGACAAUGAGAAACAGAAGUUACAUGCAGCAAAACCAGAGUCAUUGGAAGAAUGUGAAGUACAAACUAAUCUGAGAAUUUGGACAGAACCACUUAUGAUUGAAUUUAAAGAAGACAGUCUAUCCUACAUGGAAAAAUUAUGGCUUAAAAAACACAGAAGAACGCCACAGGAGCAACUUCAAAACAUGCUAGUGGACACCUUUGUACCUCAGUGUAAAACUGGUAGUGAGGCACAGUGUUCUCAGAAUGAAAAUGAUGAAGAUAGCGAUGUUGAAGAUAUCAAAAUACAACCCCCAGCUCUUUUUCUGCCAGUAGAAGAAUUAAACAUAGAGAGACCUGAACCAUCUCUAAAAAUAGUCGAACUGGAUGAUACUGAUGAAGCAGAAUUUGAAGAACCGGGAAAUGUCGUGCCUUAUAAAGUUGAGUUAGCAGAUGCAGACAGUCAACAAAGUUGCACAUUUCAUGAUUAUCAGAAUACUUUUCUAUAUGAAAAUGACAUCCAUCAACAUCAUAUUUUCACCAAGGGAAAAACACACCUCUUACAUCUUCAUCUGAGCAACAACACUUCUUAUUGUAAAGAUAACUCAAAAGCAGGAACUUCAAGUGCAGAUUUUGGUGACAUUGUGAAUCCUGAUGCUCACUCUCCUGCUGCUGAAAAAAUAGAGGAAAACAGCUUUUUUGAGAUAAAUUUCAAAGAGGACAGCAUAGAUAUAGAAAGUAGUCAAAAGUAUGACGAUUCCUGCAUAUCACUUGAGAGCAAGGAUUCUUUGCCAAGUACAGAUUUAGAAAAAGCCUCCUUUAAGGGGAAAUUAUCUCAAGAGGACAAGGCAUCCUUGGAAUUUAGCAAUCUGCAUGAGAGGCCAAACUCUGAAGAGUCUAAAACUACAGAGUCACCACUGUUAUUACAAGAAAUAGCCCUCAGAAGUAAGCCCAUAACUGAACAAUAUCAAGGACUUGAAAGAUUCUUUGUUUUUGAUAAAAAUGAAAGACUCAACUUACUUCCUUCUCAUAGCUUAGAAUGCAGCUACUCCAGUACUAGGAUUACAAUUGCAGGAGACAGAGAAUGGAUCCCAGACCAUAGCGUAAGUGCCUAUGCUGAUAAUGCAGUUGCCUUGGGUGUUCUGAAGAGAGCCCAGAACGCAUCAUCAAGGAGAACACAGCAAAAGACUGGCUGGACAUCACAGAGGCCUUCAACAGCAAAUUUACCACUUUGCAACUCUGUGAAAAGAAGUUCCAGCCGCCUUUCCUAUUCUCAUCCCCAGUCAAGAAAUACAGCUGCUCGAUCACUCUCUAGAGCUGCUUCUGAAAUUUCAGAAAUUGAAUAUAUUGAUGAUACUGACCAUGACGAGCCUUUCUUAGACGACACUGCUGAUCAACAAACCUUAGACAGUUUGGAAAAAGAAUUAAAUGCACUGAGAAAUCCUGCAGAUCCUUCAGAAAAACUUUACAGCCUAACCUCAGAAGAGUUACCAGCCUUCAACAACCAUUCGCUGAAUACAAGUCAGACUACCCAGAAUUUCCGUAAGAGCUCACGUGCGAGGGACCCAUGUGGAGUUGAGGAACAGAGCUCUUCUGAAAAAGAUACUGAAAUCCAGUCCUUGCUGACAGUUUCUGAAAGCAGUACGGAUGAGGAGGAAGAAGAUUUUCUUGACGAGCAACAUGUCAUUACACUCCCGUGGUCAAAGAGUACCUAAUGAUCAUUUGUUCAUUACUUUUUCCAUUUUGCACCCAGAAUAAAGCGAACAACUGAAAAAAGUAAUCAAGUGAUUACGUGUCCAGGUG